AUGGAAAGAUCACAAGAUCAUAUAGACGGCGGGAAUUGGUGGCAGCGACCUGCUAGACGGUGUCAGGGAACGGUAGGCGACUUACUGGGUCAUCUGUCAUCUAAGACUGUGGUCAGCGUAGGUGAUCUGCUAGGUUGCCUGACGUUCGAGGCAGUGUUAGGGGACGAUCACAAGAUCAUAUAUACGGCGGGAAUUGGUGGCAGCGACCUGCUAGGUCGUUUGUCAUUCAAGACGGCGUUGGGGCGUAGGAAACCUGCUAGGUUGCCUGACGUUCGAGACGGUGUUAGGGAACGGUAG